UGAAACGCUGCCGCGCCGGGACUGCAGUGUGUGGGCCCCCCGCUGAGCCAGCGCUCUAAUUCCCAUGCUCGCCCUUAGGAUCCCGUGGGAAGACUCUCCCAGUCCAUCUCCUCCUUCUCUUGCAAGGUGAUCUGUCUAUUGCCUAUUUCUGUGCUCGGGCUUCGCAUGCCUAUUAAGGGAUUUGCUUGGGAGAGCGGAUCUGAGCCAGGGGAUUGGAAUCAUGGGGCUGCAGCCCUUGGAGUUCAGUGACUGUUACCUGGACAGCCCUUGGCUGAGGGAGAGGAUACGUGCCCAUGAGGCGGAGCUGGACAGAACCAACAGGUUUAUUAAGGACUUGCUCAAGGAUGGCAAAAACCUCAUCGCCGCUACUAAAAGCCUUUCCAAUGCACAGAGAAAGUUUGCUAAUUCACUCCGUGACUUUAAAUUUGAGUUUAUCGGAGAUGCAGAGACCGAUGAUGAGAGAUGCAUUGAUGCAUCUCUUCAGGAGUUUUCGACUUUUUUACAAAAUCUUGAAGAGCAGCGCGAAAUAAUGGCACUAAAUGUAAAUGAGACCCUGAUUAAGCCCUUGGAAAGGUUUCGGAAAGAGCAGUUGGGAGCUGUUAAGGAAUUAAAAAAGAAAUUUGACAAAGACACAGAAAAGAACUACAGCCUUCUGGAUAAACAUUUAAGCUUGUCAGCUAAGAAAAAAGAACCACAGCUUCAAGAGGCAGAUGUCCAAGUUGAUCAGAAUCGGCAGCAUUUUUAUCAACUGUCACUAGAAUAUGUCUGUAAACUUCAGGAAAUCCAGGAGCGGAAAAAAUUUGAGUUUGUGGAACCUAUGCUGUUGUUCUUUCAAGGGAUUUUCACCUUCUAUCAUCAGGGCUAUGAACUUGCAAAGGAUUUUAGCCACUACAAACUGGAUCUACAAAUCAACAUCCAAAAUACACGAAAUCGGUUUGAUGGUACUCGAUCCGAGGUUGAAGAACUUUUGAGAAAAAUAAGAAAAAAUCCCCAAGAACAUAAAAGAGUGAGCCCGUUUACAAUGGAGGGGUAUCUCUAUGUACAGGAGAAAAGGCCUGCUCCUUUUGGCUCAAGCUGGGUAAAACACUACUGUAUGUACAAGAAAGAUUCAAAAUCUUUUACAAUGUUUCCAUAUGAGCACAGGUCGGGAGGAAAAAUUGGUGAAGGUGACAGUUUUUCUCUUAAGUCUUGCACUAAGCGGCAUACGGACACAAUUGACAGAAGAUUCUGUUUUGAUAUUGAAGCUUCUGAGAGGCCUGGAGUUCUAACAACUAUGCAGUCCUUCUCAGAAGACGAUCGCUGUCUGUGGAUGGAAGUCCUAGAUGGAAAAGAAUCUAGAUUUCUCAGUUUGAACAGAUCCGUGUCAAGGCCUGAAGGAGGUGCUCGACUAGACAAAUACGGCUUUGCUAUUGUGAAAAAUUGUAUCCGUGCAAUUGAAACAAGGGGUAUUAAUGACCAAGGAUUGUACAGGGUUGUGGGGGUGAGUUCUAAGGUCCAGAGACUGCUGAGUUUGUUGAUGGAUGUUAAAACAUGCUGUGAUGUAGACCUGGAUAGCAGUGAAGAAUGGGAGGUGAAGACUGUCACUAGUGCUUUGAAGCUAUAUUUAAGAAGUCUACCUGAGCCACUAAUGACAUAUGAGCUGCAUGAUCAGUUCAUCAACCCCACAAAAAGUGGAAGUCCUGAAUCCAGAGUUAAUUCCAUACAUCAUUUGAUACACAAACUUCCAGAGAAGAACAGAGAAAUGUUGGAUAUUCUUAUCACACAUUUAGCCAAUGUUGCACACCAUGCAAAGAAGAAUUUGAUGACUGUAGCCAAUCUCGGUGUGGUAUUUGGCCCCACAUUAAUGAGGCCACAGGAGGAGACCGUAGCAGCAAUAAUGGACUUAAAGUUUCAAAACAUUGUGGUGGAAAUCCUAAUAGAAAACCAUGAGAAGAUUUUUAAAAACCCCCCAAGUGGCUUGGAAGCUGAGUCUGAUUCUUCGUCCAUUUCACCACCCAAUGCGCCACCAAGGCAGUCAAGGAGACACCGUAAGAGGCCAGUGCCUGUGUACGAUCUUUCUCUGGAGCUAGAUAAUACUGACAUGAACCUCACCCCAAGAGAGGAUACACCUACUGGGAGCACAGAUUCACUUUCUCCUCAAUCACUCACCCCUACCACACCACACACAAACGCAACUGCUGACGAGAGGAAUCACAUAAUGGCAAGCAUUGGUGGCCUGGUGGACUGGUCUGCUUCAGAGAACCUGAUUCAUUCCCCUUUGGUAUCAUGGAUAAAUGAUGAAUCACCUGCAGCGUCAACUGUACCUACCUCACAGGCAGCGGAACCAGCACCAGUUCAACAAGAUCCUGAAGAGGAACUUACACUCCCUGCACAUUCACUUACAACAAGUGACAAAGCUGCAGAAAGCUCUGCAAAGAAAAAGGCAAAAGCUGUAUAUCCCUGUGAGGCAGAACAUAGCUCAGAACUAUCUUUUGAAGUCGGAGCUGUUUUUGAGGAUGUUCAUUAUUCAAGGGAGCCAGGGUGGCUCGAAGGGACACUGAACGGGAGGCGGGGACUGAUUCCAGAAAAUUAUGUUCAGUUUCUUUAGCCUUGGCUACUCAACUCUGAAGCUGUACAUGGUAUCCAUGGAUUUCCCUUCUAACUGCACUUCCAUUAUUUCCUGGCUGCUUUGUGACCUGCUCCAACUUCAGCUGGAGAAGAGAAUGGUCUUGUAUGCAAAGCCUCGCGAUGUUGCCAAACCGAAAUGAUUUGUUUUAGGACAGUGUUUUAUAAAACAACGUUGCUCGUUUUAGUUCUAUCUCACACCUCUUUCAAGUGAACUCUUUUGAUUACUUUGUCACUAAAGUCACACAUUUCAUUCCUGGAUAUUAUUAUUAUUUUUGGAAUUCUAUUAAAAUAGUGUCAUUAACGUACUUUUUGACUACACAUUUUAGAGAAAUGUGAUGCAUGUUUCACCCAUAGUAUAAAACUGCCUUCCUGUGGCCUCUCAGGAGCCGGUGAUGUAGAAAGAGUUCAGAACACUCAAACACAGGGACGUCUGUCUCGCUGCCCUCCAGCUCUAUUGUAUUCCAGCUCCCAGCAUCCCCAGCUGGAGGACCCAGUGUCUGGCACCUCUGCUUUAAGUCUUUUGCUGCUGUGAUUGGAAACACAUUUUGUCUCAAAUUUCAAACUGUUGAUCAAUUGUCCUCAUUUUAUAUACAUAUAUAUAUUUUUUUUUUGUUGUUGUUCUUGUUGUUGGUCAACACUAUUUUUUUUUUUUUUUAUUGCAGGCGCAUAAUUUCGGUAUUUUAGCUUUCAGUUGUUUUGUGUUAUUUUAAUAGUCCUGCCAAAUGUUAUCACUUUCCCUGAAAUAAAAGCUGUUUGUUAUUUGA